AUGCUGCGACGCUUCCCCAGAAUUAGAACACAUUACUUACCCUCCUCGCACUUCCCCAGAUUCUCCCGCGGCCGAAACUCAUCGGAACCCCUCCGCAUCGAUACGUCUGCCUCUGCCUCUGCCUCAUACCUGAGGUCCGUGGUCGAGGACGACGACGACUCCGAGGAGGGUGAGGACUAUCUUGACGAAAUAUACGCGCAACAGUUCUCGAAUGGAACCCCUUCCUCCCUCCACAGUCGUCUAGUGAGCGAGCCCUUUAUACCGAUCCUGGCCUCUCCUCCCGCGACCCAACGGCGCGUCUCGAGUAUGGCCUUGCAUCCAUCCAACCGGCCACCUCUAUAUAUUGAUAUAGACAAUCGGUCGUCCAUGGGUCUGGACCCUCGACAACCAAAGACCCCCGGUAACAAAAUCAGCUCCUUUUUCGGGUGGAAAGGGAAUACUGCUAGCUCCCCCGGCGGCGACUCUUCCAGCACGGAGAUCUCGGACGGUGGUCGCUCCCCUAUGCCAUCGCCAAUGCCUCCCCUGGCGAACGUCCCAAUUAAAACACCCUCUCCUUACGAUACCAGAUCCUCCAACUAUGGCCUUCCCGCCCGAACUCCGUCGGUCAGUGGUAUGAGUGCACAAGAUAUUAUGUACGCGUCCAAAUUUGCAGACCUAGAAAAUGAAUUACGAGAAAUCAGCUCCGAGUUGGCGGGCUCCAUCCGCCGGGAGAUGGAGCUCGAGGAUUUGAUCGAGCGUCUACAAUCCGAGGGACCAGAGUUCAACCGCCGGACAAGUGAUUAUUUCUCGGACUCCGGUACCAGUUCGGUUCGAAUCGCCUCCGAUGCGGGUCGUAUGGAGGAGGAUAUGGGCAAGAUUCGUCGGGCUGCAGAGCAGGAACGUGCGCAGUUGAAGGUGCAGCUAUCACAGAAGCUGCAAGAAGAGCGAUUGAAGCGCACCACAUCAGAGUCGCACGUUCAGAUUCUGGAGAAUCAGGUUCAACAGCUCCGCCGUGAACGAGUCGACCUAUCUGAUCUUUCGUCCAAGACCCGGGAACUCGAAACCGCCCUCGAAGACACUCGCCGAAAGCUGCUCGAAGAGCGUCAAUCUAAAGAUAACUUCGAGGAUUUGCUGACGGCCAUGCGUGUCGAACUGGAGCAGUUAAGGAAUGAACGAGAUCUGCUUCGGGAAGACAAAGCCCCUGUCCCUAUUCAGAUUCCUGCCCCUGCUCCUCCUCCUGCCCCCGUCGAAAUACAAAACGCACAGGAAACUCAGCGUUUGGUAGAGGAGAUUGAAGCUCUCAAGGUCGAAAAUGCAUCUCUUGCACAGCUACACGGUGGCCGAUUUGCGUCGAUUGCGGAAGAGGAGGGCGGGUCGAGCAAGCGAAACUCGGCUUUCGGUCUUUCCCGAUCAAACUCCCUUGCCCGUAAGCCUACUGGUUUAGCACGAUCAGGUUCAUUAUCACGAUCCAACUCGGUGAAUGCGCCAAAGGAACGGGAGAUUGGAGGUGAAGGGUCACUGGUUGAUAAGGUCAAGGACGUUGAAGCCCAACGCGACGCCCUUCACCGCACAUUGAGGAGUCUCCUCGAUCGUCAUUCUCAGCAAGCGCGUGAGUUUGAGAAACGCACCCGUAUUAUGGAGCUGGAACUUGAGCGCGCUCAGCAGGCCGGCCCUCCCCGCAAGCCCGGGUACGAGAGGGACGUGCAAAGCCUCCGUGAUGAGAUGAACCACCUUCGCAUGCGUGCUGAAGAUGCCCUGGAUGGCAAGUGGCAAAGCGAGAAAAACCUGGCAGGUCUGAAGAUGGAUCUUGAUCGUGCCGAGCAGGAGACCAGCUCUUUGAGAGUGCUACUCCAGGAACUCGACACGGGUGCCUCUGAUGCGCUAGACGCAGACCAAGACACCUUUGCCGAGAUCAUGGCAACUUCAUCGUCUCUCGAGUCUGCCUACCAGAAGCUGCUGGCCGACCGAGAAGCAGUCGAGGCUAGUGUUGGGCCUGAUGAAUUAGCGGCUGCAGAUCAGCUGGGCCAUGAUGUGCAGCAGCAGUUGGAGAUCAACCUUUCCUUGCGCGGUCGGCUGGCAUCUGCCAUUGACAAGGGUGAGAGAGACCAGCAUCUGUCUGUCGAGCGGAUCAAUUACCUCCAAAAUCGUAUGAAGGAAUACGAGGAUGCUCUCUUGCUUGCUCAACACCACUCUGAAGAAGAGAUGCAUAAACAUGAGGAGGAGAUCCGUCUGUUGAAGGAAAGUCAUAAUGCUCAACUGGUGCGGAUGAAGACUGGGUCUCGCACCGCUGCUGCCUUCUCACCACGACCCCUGAAUGCCCCCUUCAGCACUCGUUCGCCACGUCUAGAUCAUACUACCAGUGGCGAAGGCGUCCCGCUGGUCGAAGUCGUCCAAGUCGAGAUACUCGAGAAGCACGUCAAGAACCUCGAAAGACUUCUCCGCGACGCAGACCUGGAGAUGGAAGAAGUGAUAGGACGAAUGAAUCGCGCACAGGUAGAUGUGGCCCAACUCCAAUCGGAUAGGGACGAGGCCCUCCGUCAGACCCGCCAACUCCAAGCGGACAUUCAAGCCGAGCGUGAUACGUUCAAGACUUUAAUGGGCCACGCAUGA